AUGCCGCAUCAAAAGAUCAUUCAAACCAGCAGCAUAGAUGCCCAAUCAUCUACCAGAUCAACGUCCAAUACUGGGACGCAUUAUGACGAUUUAUUAUACCAAAGAUCACUGAUUUACAAGAAGAAUGAAAUCUCACUAUCGGCAAUGACGUUCUUAUUUCAAGAAAUGAUAAACUAUCUACAUCAAUCCAGCUCCACCAUGUCUGAAUUCGAAUUAAAACUAUCCAGAUACGGGCAAUCCAUUGGCUUAAGAUUACUAGAACUACUAAACUUCAGAGCUUCACUACCGGCCUCUCUCACAUCGAUCCCAACACGAUCAUCCAUCCUAUUCUCAUCAUCCGCACCACUUACAGAUCAAGCCAACUCCAACUCAACAAACACACCCGAUGCUAUAAGAAAGAGAGAGGAAGAAUCAAGUACCAAUGCCGAUCUAGCCAAACAUAUAACGAAGAUGAGACGUCGUGAUUUGAAAAUCUUAGAUAUCCUUCAAUUCAUCCAUGGUACCCUUUGGUCAUAUCUCUUCCAUCACGUCUCAGACGACCUAGUGAAGUCUUCCGAGCGUAACAAUGAAUAUAUGAUUGUAGAUAACGAACCACAAUUGACACAAUUCAUCCCACAGAGUUCUAAGUUUCUCAAUUCUUGUCAUUUCUUCGUGUGUGGAAUGAUACAGGGGUUCCUGCUUAACGGCGGAUUCCCCUGUUCAGUAAGCCCUCAUUUGAUGCCCGUGGAUGGGUUUGAUGAAAGAGUUAUAUAUCUGAUUAAAUUUGAUGAACAAGUGCUGGAGAGGGAAUCGUUAAGGUUUUAA